GGUCAGCAGGCCCGUAAAGGCUUCACUUUGGGCAGCUUGCUUCGCCCUCAGCCUUGCAAACAAACAAACUGACAGUAUUCCAAACCCGCAGUCGCUGGGACGACCGGCCGGAGUCGACAUAGAUAAACAAGUUUGCCACAGCAGGCACUGCGAUCGACGAGCUUCGUGCAAGUGCGUUCGCGACUAUCAGGCGCACUGCGCCCAGCACAUCCAUCGUCGCCGAGACCCAACGGACGAUGGCGGACUCGAGCAUCGGCGGCGGCAGCGCAGCACCAGAGAGCUCGGCAUCAAAUCGCCACACCAUCAUCCCGGCCCCUAUCGCGGCGGACAAUCAGCAUGUCUGCUUCAUCUGCCUGCAGAACGACACCGACACCCCCAACGCGACAUGGGUCAACCCGUGCCCGUGCAGCCUCGAGGCCCACGAAGAGUGCAUGCUGGAUUGGGUCGCUGACAUGGAAACGUCCCAGGGGCGGUCCAAGAACGGUCUCAGGUGCCCGGCUUGCAAGGCACCCAUCAAAAUCCAGGAGCCGUACGACCUUUUCAUCGCCCUACGGGACGGGCUGACUCGCCGGUACAGUCGCUUGUCGCCAUACAUUCUGUUAGUGCUAGUCUCGAGCGGCGGCGUAGCCGGCGCCUCUUGGUACGGCUGGGGUGCGGCCGCCAUUUUUGCUGGUCCUGAUGCUGUGGUGAGGUGGUUCAGACCACGCCCUGGCCAGGGGUUUCCGUCAAUAGUGAUGAAGAUCUGGGCCUUGUCAGCCAUUGGACCGAGCUUGGUGGUUAUGCGAUGGCUACCAUCGCUGGCGAGUGCCGUGUGGUUGCCCUUCUCCCUCGCAUCCGCCGCAAAUCUCUUAGCACACGACAACUUCCCCACAUGGCCUCCCUCACCGCAGUGGGCAAUGAUACUUAUGCCCUAUGUGCACCUCGGUUACGCCUGUCUCUUUCGCGGCCUCUUCGGGCCGCUAGACAGGCGACUGAAUCGCACCCUCCGUGGGCUACGUGCUGAGGAGCCUGAUGCGGCCCGAAGGGAGGAAGCGGCGCCGGCCGUGGCGGCGCCUGAGCCGGUCGCCGAAGCAGCCGAUGCGCGUAACCCAGAGGAAGUCGAUGGAAUUUGGGGCGCGGUGGCCAACCUCGGCGGAGCCGUGCUGGGGUUGUUCCGGGAGUUGCCUCUAGAGCAGGUCAACGUGGAGGUGAGGAUAAACGGCGGCGCCGACGACUUCCCCAGGGCUCAAGCCGGGCAGGCUCCGGAGGCGGCGCAGAUGCUGGAGAUCGACGAGGAGAUCCAAAUCCGAGCCGGCAACGCGGCACCGGAAGCUGCUGAGCAACAGCAGCCAGCACCCCAGCCGGAGCAGCGAAACCAACGACCGCCGCGCAACCUAGACGACCACAAUAACGAACGCGGCAACGACAUCGGCAAUGACAACGACAACAACGACAACAACGACGCGGGCGAAGUCUCAUACUUUAGACGCUUCAUUAACAACAUCGCCACAUCCCUCCUCAUGCCGGCCAUCUCAUACGGCAUGGGUGAGUUGAUUCGCGCGGUGGCACCUAAGGCGUGGGUAACGCGUCCAUGGCGUAGAGCGCCAACGGGUCUUCUGCAAGAGCGGUGGGGCCGCAGCUUGGUGGGCGGUUGCCUGUUCCUGGUACUCCAGGACGUGGUUGCGUUGUAUACCAAGUACAGACGGGUGCAAGUCAAGGCGAAGCGGAGGGUGAAGAAUGUCCCGAGGAGCAGGCCAGAAGAUGCGGGGCGGCACGGGAACCGCGCGGCGGGGGGUGCCUGAGCGCAGGUAAGCAGAGCAGAACCGAGUAGGCUGCGGCAUGGAUCAGCAUGUUGUUUUCUGAGUCUCCCAACGUCAACCUGGGGAAUGGAAGGGUUGCGGCGGACCUGGAGCAGCUUCCGAUUCCUUCACAACCCCAAGAUGCGUGCACGUCGGCAUCCGGACUGGGCAGCAAUAUUCGUCAUUCUCUUUGCCGAGUUCAAGAGAGCCACGAAACUAUCAGUAUAAAUACCUGG